UUUUGGCACUUACACAAAGAGGACGGUCAUCUCCCCCCCCUCCCUUUAAACGCUAUCCUUGCCUUUUUACAUGCCUGUCCGUUUAUAUGCUCUUCUGAGAAACAAUAACGCACAUUAGUGUCUCCGGGAUGUACACGGCCGGACUCAACCCGUUUUACGCAUCAAAUUUUAGCCUCUGGUCUGCGUACUGCGCAGGGGGUUUCGCAGUGGAUACGAUGAAGAAACCUUCCUUUUGCAUCGCAGACAUUUUACAAGCCGGGGAUGCGGAGAACAUACCAGGAUCUUCGGCUCUUAUGGUGCAUAUGGGACAUCACCACCGCGCGCAGGGCCGCUCCGGCACACCUCCGUUGCGCCCGUCUCCUGUUGCGCCGGACCCGUCAGUGUUUGGAGCGAGGGUGAGUCCGGCGUCUCCGUACCACAGACACGGACUACAACUAACCUCAGUCUCCAGAAGUACAUUUAACUCCCAACAAGCCCCCCCGCCUUCAAGCAAAGACCUCAAAUUCGGAAUUGAUCGGAUAUUGUCGACGGAUUUUGAUCCAAAAAGCAAAGAAAAGUCGUCGUUAAGAGAUCUCACAUCCAUCGUUAGCUCGAACCGUCAGUCAGGGAUCCACGUCCCCGUUCCGCCUCCGGCCAGCCAGUACUUCUCCUCCAUAGACCCCGGGAUGAGCGACGCAUCCUCCAUGAUGAGUUCACUAGGCAGCAGCAGCAGCAGACAAACAGGCCAGCAUCAGUUUCAGGACACCUUCCCAGGUCCUUACGCCGUCCUCACUAAAGACACCAUGCCACAAACAUACAAAAGGAAAAGGUCAUGGUCCAGGGCUGUGUUUUCAAAUCUGCAGAGAAAAGGACUUGAAAAGAGAUUUGAGAUACAGAAGUAUGUCACCAAACCGGACAGAAAACAGCUGGCUGCGAUGCUGGGCCUGACAGAUGCUCAGGUGAAGGUUUGGUUCCAAAACAGACGCAUGAAGUGGAGACACUCCAAAGAGGCCCAGGCCCAGAAGGACAAGGAGAAGGACCAGUCGGAUAAGACUGUGUCCGAGGCCCGGGAGCCCAAAGAACCCGUGGAAUCCGAGUGUGAGAGCGAAGGAAGGAGCGAGUGCGAAUCCGACGAGGCUCCAGAGGAAGAAGACUCAGUACAUUUGGACAUUUCUGAGCACAACAAAACCAGCGUGAUCAUGAGUGGGACGGGCCCGGCCGGCAGUGUGGAGCCGGCGGCCACGGUCACGGACACAGGGGCCUCUCAGGUGCCGAUAUGAGGGCCCCCCCCAUCCCAUCCCACCCCCACCCAUCCACCCACACGCGUGGCUCCAGAUCACGAACAAUAACUCUUGAACCUUCAAGUCUUGAUCACUUUGACAGAGGAACGACAGUGAUGUUCAAAUGCGUCUGGAGUGGUAACCAAGGGGCCAUUCCUGGGAACAAGUGGAGAAAUAUUAUUAUCAGCCUAACAUCCCAUAAUAUUAUUACACAGUCUAUUAUUUAAAGCCAAGAUAUAAGGGGAUAUUGUAUUAUUCUCCUUAUUCCCCUGUGGCUGAAAUGAUAAAAAGAAAAAAAAAACAAAAAAAAAACCAAAUCAAAGACAAAGACAAAUCCA